GUGAACCGAAAGGGUUUAUCAUCACGUUUGACUGCGUGAAGGCUAUCUACAUAUUCUUCCUUGUCGCGUUUCAUCAGAAGCUGUUGGUCGCCCCGGUCAAUUCAAUCUACGUGUCUGACCACUUCCCGUAUGAGACCAUCGAUCACGGGGUAGAGCCAAUGAUGGCGCUGCUGCUCAUUUCUGGCUGGCUGUCGUCUCAGACUUGGAGAGACGUGCAGUGGUCAGUCCAUAUGAGGAAGAAGGUGCUGCGGCUUCUGCCGCCCUAUUUCAUAGGGAGUUGGCCCGGGGUCGUGCAGUACCUGCUGGAAGGCUUCGCUCUCGGAGGCUGGAGCCCCGCCCUCCAGUGGACCAGCUGCAAUCGCCCGCUGUGGUUCGUGUCGUGCCUGCUCUGCUACCACUACGUGUC